CAGUCAAAUUAUGUAGCAAGAAAACACAUCUUUCUAUUAACCAAUUCAACAAGAUGCAACACUCAACUUCGCUGGACGGGCUUUUGAUUGCACCCACAGUCUUGCGCGACAUGGAUGUCUUCGACCUCUGCAUCCUCAGUAUAGUCUUGCUGGCUGUGCUGUACUACACCAAGGGAAGGUCCGCGCAAGGCAAAUUGGCAGACAACUCAUCCCCUGUUUCAGAAGCUGGUAUUUCCGCUGCCUCAUCUAGAAGCAUCGCGGCUAUGCUGGAAAAGUCCAGGAAGAAUUGUGCAGUAUUCUACGGUUCAGAAACGGGCACUGCCGAGAACUAUGCCAAGAGACUAGCAAAGGAGGGCAAAUCGAGAUUCGGCUUGGACACGAUUGUCCUCGACCUCGAAGAUUACGAUUAUGACAAUCUGGAAUCAAUCCCCAGCAGCAAGAUUCUCAUCUUUGUCCUUGCCACUGCAGGCGAAGGAGAUCCCACGGAAAACGCCCGCGACUUUUACAGCUUUGUAACUGGCGAAGACAACAACUUUUCCAAUGGCCUCCAAAACAUCAAUUAUGUUGCGUUUGGUCUAGGAAACAGCACAUAUGAGCACUACAACUCAAUGGUUCGCAACGUAAGCCGGGCCCUGGACGACUUUGGUGCAGAAAGAAUCGGUGCCGCUGGAGAGGGUGAUGAUGGUACUGGGUCAACAGAAGAGGACUUUCUUGCUUGGAAAGACCCUAUGUGGGCCGCCUUGGCUGAGAAGAUGGGACUGGACGAGCAGGAAACGUUUUACGAACCGACAUUUUCUAUCACACCACGACAAGACUUAACCGAAAGCUCGAAGGAUGUCUUCCUCGGAGAGCCAAACUUGGCGCAUCUCAAGGGCACCGCGAGUAAGCAAUCGUUCGGUGCCAGCAACCCAUACAUCGCAUCAAUCACCGAGUCAAAUGAGCUCUUCAAGGGUGGCGAUAGGAACUGCCUUCAUAUAGAGCUUGGCCUUGGGGAUUCUUCGUUGUCCUACAGUACCGGCGACCACGUCGCAAUCUGGCCAACCAAUCCCGACAACGAAGUCGAGAGUCUUUUGGAGAUUCUUGGGCUUUCAGAGGUCAAGAACACCGUUAUUGACAUCAGGGCUCUGGAAAAGACCUCAAAGGUUCCAAUCCCGACCCCGACAACCUACCAAACGGUUCUGCGGUCAUACUUGGAAAUUUGCGCCCCCGUCUCACGCCAGUUCAUGGCAUCCAUUGCAACAUUCUCACCAGAUGCCUCAGCCAAGGCGGAAAUAACCAAGAUCGGUGCCGACAAGGACUACUUCCAGGAGAAAAUUGCGAAGAGCAAAUUAACUGUUGCUCAGGUUCUUAGGUCAAUUGGCGGCGGGUCCCACUGGACGGGGCUUCCGUUUUCGGCUGUGGUUGAAGGUCUCAACAAGUUGCAACCGCGCUACUAUUCAAUCUCAUCUUCUUCUCUUGUGCAACCAAGGAGCAUCUCGAUCAGCGCAGUGGUAGAGUCGUACGAGGUUUCUGGAAGACCUGAACCAUUGAAGGGCGUUGCUACAAACUAUCUCCUUGCUCUGAAGCAAAAACAGAACGGCGAUUCCGUCUCUCAAUCGACGCCAACCUAUAACAUCAACGGCCCCAGAGGACAAUAUGGACAAUGUCAAGUUCCCAUCCAUGUUCGGCAAUCAAGCUUCAGACUCCCAUCUGAUUCACAGACACCCGUCAUCCUCAUUGGACCCGGCACUGGUGUUGCUCCGUUCCGGGCCUUCGUCCAAGAGAGGGCGCACCUUGUCAAACAAGGGAAGAGCGUUGGCCGCACGCUACUCUUUUUUGGGUGUCGACAUUCUGAGCAGGAUUUUAUUUACGAGUCGGAAUGGAAGGAAUACAAGGAAGUCCUCGGUGACCGUUUCGAUAUGACGGUUGCCUUCUCAAGACAGGGCCCAAAGAAGGUCUAUGUCCAGAAUCUAUUGAAAGCCCAUGCAAAGGUUGUCAAUGAGCUGUUGGAAACCGAUGGUCACAUUUACGUAUGCGGUGACGCAAAGUAUAUGGCUCGGGAUGUGCAAAGCUCCUUUGUGGAAAUCCUUACUGAUGAGAGGGGCAUCCACGAGUCUAAAAGCAAGGAUAUCUUGAAGGACAUGCGGGCCUCUAGUCGGUACCAGGAGGAUAUCUGGUAGGUGCUUUUAGAAGGCUAGAGGGAAUUAGAGUGUGUGUUAGCAUUGGAAUGUGCGCAUAUAGAUUGUCAGGGACUAAAUGUAUAACAGGGAGUAAAGAGGGCAGACUUGCUACUAGAUAGCAGCGAAAAGGUAGUAAUAGGGUGGUGACUGUAUUAAUCUCUGACCUCUAUUAUUUCUAUAAGUAAAGACUGCUAUUUAUACUUUCUAUUUGGUAUUCUAACUGCUAUUAAGCUGGAG